UUGAUAUCUAGUGCAGUUAAUCCCUGUGUGAGUGAUUUAUGAUUAAAGGAUUGAAGUUCUUUGGCGGAAAUCCAAAUAUACCACCUAUGCUAAUAUCACUGACCGACCUCGGCGCACCCUGAAGAGGCUCUAAUUUUCGUUUCAGAUAGAAGGCGUAGUCAGCCGAGCGAGCUCCGAUCGCGGGAGCCUAAAUAAAUCCUCUAGAUACAAUAUUCAGGACUGGGCGGAGUUUUAAUAUUCAGUGAAAAUCAAUAUGACGCAAUAUGCAAAAUAUAUUUUACUGCUGUCGUUACUAUCAAUCAUUCACAGUUCCCCGUUUGACGACGGGAAAUACAACCCGAGAAAAUACCAAGUUUACGACGACGGACGGUAUUAUCGGCCUUUAGGCGAAGGAAAAUACGUCAGAGGCGAUGAGGGCAAAUACACGUAUGUGUACAGACAAGGUCUGUAUCCCGAAGACGACGGAGACUACAGAUAUAUACACCAGGAGGGUCCAAACGGCGGGUUUGGGGGCAACGGUGGAUUUGGAGGGAACGGUGGAUUUGGAGGGAACGGAGGGUUUGGAGGAUUUGGAGGAAAUGGAUAUGGAGGAGGUGACGGGUAUGGAGACGGGUAUGGAAAUGGAGAUAGGUACGGUAACUGGAACGGUCAAGAUGAUUCGUCAUAUAAGCCAAAUAAAAUCGAUUAUGGGAGAAAGAUCUACGCAGAGCGAUACCCUCAUCUCCACAAGGUCAUUAAAGCGCUGGUGAACCAGUACGUGUCUCUGGACUACAUCGGCUUCGGCGACGAAUCGCAGGGCAGCACGGCGCACUACAACAAGUUGUACGCGGAUAAGGUGGCUGUCAAGUGCCACUAUCUCUCGCCUACGGAGCCGGCGAAUGCUUCGGAGUUCGUUACGCACUACCCACCACAUUUAAAUUCCCUGCCUGGAGAUAAAUCAGGGUCUUUCUACAGCUUCAAAGGCACGAAGGUCCUCAGCACAGUCGCCAAUUCACGCCCGGCCAAGCUUAAUCUGGAGUAUGAAGUGAUCGUCAGGGUGGUCGAUAUUACUGAUUAAACAUUCAAUUGUUUAUUUAU